UCCGGAUCUCCAUCUCUAGGCCAUCAAUCGAUCAACAAAUCUAAAACAUCUUCUAUAGCUUCUAUAUCAAGCCAGGAGAUAUGAUCAACCUUGCCCUCGACAACCAUCCGCAUCUCAAGCGUCGCCUACACAUCAUCAUCGGCUCCCUCCUCACCCUCACUUUCAUCCUCAUCAUCGCCCGAGUAGCCGACAAAGGUACCCCAACAACACGCACCAAUACGUGGGGCAUCGCAGUAUGCAUCAAAGCAGCCGUCUUCCUAGCAUACCAAGUCCUCACCACCUACACGGACCGCUUCAAACGAUGGGCCAGUCCACGGGCCAACAUGAUUCUGGACAUCAUCGACACGGUCUUCUGGUUCGCGUUGUUCAUUAUCAGUAUCAUGGGCGCGAGCGGGGGUCAGAGUACAAGCAGUAAGGCGCUAGGUGGGGUUGUGGCUGUGCUGGCUUUGACGUUGUGCGGGAUGGUUGGCUUGUUGGCUUUUGUGUGUGUGCAGGAUUGGAGGUAUUUCAAGAUGCAUGGGGUUGUUCCGGGGGUGGUCAAGUCGCCUUGUUGAGGGGAUCGAUCGGGAUCGAUCAGGAUGAGGAUGAUUGUAUGAGAGCUCGGGUCUUGGGAUCAAUUUUCUUGGUAAUUCCGCCCGAUCUAGGAGUCGGAGAGGUAAAGUGACGGUCCUGAGUAUUUUGGGAAUGAUGUCUAUGUACGAAGGCGCCUGUUUUGCUGCACCAUCGUAGCUUGGGUUUCGUCAUGUGACAGCCGAUCUAUUCAUAACCACUCCUAGUGUGUAGUCG